GAAUACAAACAUAACAAGCAUGGCAUUGGUUUUGUUUACUCCGGUUUAUUCAAUCUCUCUCUUGUGUCGUAUUACUUGGAUUCAUUUCUGUAAACAACAUGUGAGAUUUAACGUAAUGUUGACACUGAUGUUUUCCAUACAGCUCUGCUCUUGCUCAUGGGAAAGGUGAACAUUGAACACAAAACAAGUGUCAUUUUUGUACAUUUGUCUGAUGGACUGUAGUCACUUGUGUGACAUUUGAUUUAAAGCGAGGCUUCGGAGCUUUUGUCGAGCAAGAUGGGUGUGCCAUAUGAAGCCUCGAUUCGAAGCUUUGCGCGUGAAAAUUAUUCUGUGCAACAUUCAGUAUCGAAUCGUAUGACAGACUUAACAGUUAUUACCUAAAACUCUUUUAAAUUAAUUCUGAUCUUUGUUCAGCCAGUUUUAAUGAUGCAGAUUGGUCGGACAGGAGAACUCAAUGACCUUUAACCUCAGCAAGACUGACAAAAUAUAUCUAAAUGAUUGGCACAUUUCUCUUAUUUUGUUUAAACAAAUGAGUGCAUUUUUUAUAACAUUAUCCUUAAAGCUAUAGUUCUAUAGUUUAGAAAACGAACUGGAAUCUUAUGUUGUUUUCAUGUUUUUAUUUUGUAAUAUGUACAUUAUUUUUCUUGUUUGUUGCAUAUUUUUCCAAGACAUUUUAGAGAGGUCUCUCAACAUUUCAUUUAGCAACAUUUUGUGCUGUUCAGCGGUAUAUUUGCAGCCUCACUACCUAGUGUUCUUUGCCUCCAGCUCCCGGCACGGCGGCGUCCUGUUGUAUGCUGAUACACGUUAGGUUUUCAUUGCUGAGUCCCAUGUAUUGAGCAAUAUGGAUCUGUGAAGCUUUAAGCACUCCCACUGCCCGCAUGUAUGGCAGCCGGUAGAGCUGUGUUAUUAUGAGUUCACAACGUCCUGCACUUCGCGCUGUUAUGCAAUCCAGUUUUGUCGCAGAUCACCGCGCUACUUCGGUGUGAUCUCGGUUGCAGUUGGCAGAAAGCACAGGUGCUGGGAAUUGGCAUUCACAAGAGCCGGAUGUGGCUCCGCCGUCCAGUAUUACGGCUUUGCAAUGUUUUCUUGCCCGAAUACGAAUGAUAGUCACCAUCCUGUCCGCACCUUGCCAAUCAUUGCACGUUUAUUAUGUGCCUCCUCACUACUAAUAGGUCCUCGCUUUUUGUAGUCUGUCAUAUGUGUGGCAUAUCCAGACAGCCCCUUAUAUCAGAUGCUUUCAGCGGUUCACAGAUCGUCAUACGGUUAUUGUACCCCAACUGAGCCAUAUAUUUGUUUUAAUCCAGUUUUAACCCCUUGUCGUUCCAAGCGUUUUCUGUGAUUCAUGUGACCAUUCUGAAUGUGAACUGAUGCAUAGAGCGAAUGUAUUCGCGUCUUUGUUUUUGUUGUACAGAGCUAGCUGCACCGGUUUCUGCCCAUAGCGCUGUGGCUGAGAGCUACUGGCUUGCCAUGCUUCAACCAUUUCCCACAUACAAGCUUACUAGGUCUCUGCCUUGUACGAGCGGUCGCGUUAUGUUACUACCGCUUGUGGACAGUUGUCCCUGUCUUCUUUGUGUGCUCCGUUUACUGCCCUUAUCAUGUGCGCCAUUAUAGCACUGGUCGAGCGUCGUUCGCUUGAUUUUGAGCUCUUUUUACUGUCGAUUGGCCAUUAGUGUAAUGUGCCAAACAGCCCCAAAUGCAGCAUCUUGCCGUGGGGAGGAUAAAGCAUGUUUGUUCACAAGGGUGAACAUAUGAUCACGCUCUCCAGACUGAGGAUCGGUUCAAGCUCAUCUGUGAAGGUUCAUGUGGGCUACUGAGGUCUGCUCGCGACGGAGGAGAUUGCGCACUGCAUUUAUUUUUUCUCCCUUUCAUUAGGCCACCUGUAGCGAAUGUGCUAAUAGUACUCUAGCGGAGUGCCACCUUGCUGUUAUACAAACUGGUUCACCCUAUCUGACAAUGUUCUCUGCUUCUCUUAGCCGUUCCUAUUGAGUUGAAUGACUCGAAUGAACACGAGUUGUACACUGGCAUGUGUGGGAAGUGUGUGGGACGAGGACUGGUCGCAUUGUUGUGACGCGUGUUAUAUACAAGAUGGACCGUUAACCCCUUUAUGAGGUGUUUUCAUGCUCUUAAUUUGUGCUCUUGAGUGUGUGUAUGGUACGUUAUGAAUGGCACUAUCCCAUGUCGGACAUUUUAACGUUAGCCCCUAUGACUGCGGUGGCGAGAGUGCUACUCCAUACUGUUUGUAAUAUGGAUGUUUUCGUGGCUAUCUGUUGAAGAGGCUUCCGUGUAAAUACCCUGCCGGUUUUGCGCAUAUGGGAUUUACAACGCUCUCCGUGCAGGAGGUUGAAUGUUAUAGUAUGUCACACGCAGAGACCGCAUGAUUAUGUGCCCAUCACUCUAAAUGCCAUUUCAUGCGCAUUUUGCUCGAGCCGAUGGCCUCGUCGGACGCCAUCGCUCGCCAUGCACCGUAUACAUGUUUUGAGCUAGCGGGUUUACGUUAGGGAUGGGCAUUUAAAGAAAAAUAAUAUUCGAAGAUCGAUGAGAACUAUUCGAAGAUUAUUCGAAAUUCGCUCCCUUCCCCCACAUGGACACAUUUACAGUAUUACACACACACAAACGGAGAGAGAGAGAGAACAUUUACGCUUCAAAUCAGUAUGACGGCACACUGCUUUAUGUAUUAUGGAAUAUGCAAUCUAACAUUAAGCAAUACAUUAAAAUAAUGUGCUGAAACAUUAAUAUAUUAACAACCGAAUGACGGCACUAAUUAACAGUACGUCGAUCAGCAUCAACCGCUCAUAAUGCUAUAACAUUUCCUUGCAACUUAAAAACAGCAGUGUGAUUAAUCAGGAAAAUAUAUUGAAGCCAUAAAGAUUUUAGACCAGACUUAACACGCGUAAAACAUAUUAACCGAGUGACGGCAUUUAUCAACAGUUCGGAGCGAUUUCAUGCAUUAAUAGUUCAUAAAGCUUCAGUUUCUACUGUCAUGAAAAAGUUUCUGCAGUCUGGCAGUGAUCGUUUUUCUAGACAAACAGUAAACUCGGGCUUAACAAACUCAAUACGAUUUUUAAAACCCUCUCCUCCGACAAAGCCGAUCGGAAGCAUAUCCUUAGCGAUCAUCUUGCUAGUUAGAGCCGUUAUUUGCUCUGCCCGUUUGGGAUCGAAAUUGGUUGGUCUGACCAUAAAACUAGCAACUGAUUGCUGACCUGUGGAUGGACCUGCUGGGUGCUUCGCCCUGAAAUGAUUGUGCAUCGUAGUUGUUGAGCCAUGAUAAGCCAGCUUUGCAUUGCAGAGUUUGCACUGCACUUUAUUCUCAUUCAUUUUAUUAAAGGACCCCCACACACAGAACACAUUUUUGAUAUCAAUUUACCGUUUCCGUUAUGCCGCGCGGGUCUACAGUGUGCGUAACUUCGUUAACAAUUCUUGUGGGAAAAUGUUGUGCUCUACUGUCUCUCUCAGCGUUUAGGUUUUAGGUGCGUCGUUAUUGGCAGCGCCACCCUUUGGUUACAUGAACGCGUUACACGUGAAAACGCGGCGAGUUUUUUUAAGAUCGUACACACUAUUCGAAAUUCGUGACCUAUCACUAGUUUACCACUUAACUUAACGUCGUCUAUAUCGCAGUUUGCUUGUGUGACUUGCAGGGAGUGCUUUGGGCGCCUUGUGCAGUGCUCUGCAGCAGCCUACUAGCUGCCUGAAGCCCCGUUUACACACGCACCAGGCUCCGCUUCGCGAGCCUCCGCUGGCUGCGCCUGCGACUCCCCGAACGGAUGAGGCAUUUAUACAUGACGCAUUCGCCGUUGAGAUAUUCUUUGAAACGACAGGUGGCGCACAAGUGAAGUCUUUUAAAUCCGCAGGAAGUAGAAGACAAAUAGGAAUUUUACGUUGAUUGCAAUUUCAGGGCAAGAGCUAUUUGCCAUCUGGCUGUCCUUAUGAUCACGCAUAGAUGGAUCAUAAAUAUGUCUGUACAGGCAUACUUGUUCAGCCAAAAUCUCGCAAAGCUGUUCAUGUUCACUGCGGCGCCAUGCGAACUGUUCGCUCGAGUCACAAAAAAUGUUGUGCACGCCGCCACGCGAAAUGAGCUCGCGCUCACACAAAGCGAACUUCCGCUAACACCGAGAUGACGUCAUAUUUUGCGCGUGCACCCAAGCGAACUAGCGGAUGCGUCGAGUAUAACCCAGUCUUGACAAUGCAGAAUGUGGUAUCCAAUCGUCUUAGACACUAUGAAAGGUGUGCAGUGUCCGUGGGAGUUGUGCUGUGUGCUACUGCCAAGGGUAAUGUGGUGCACUUUAUGUGUUAGCUCCGCUAAAGUCAAGAUGUUUUUCGCUGUUCUAAUGGCGUGAUUGAACACAUUGCCCACUGAGUCAUAGGGCUGAAAGGAUUAGUCGACAUUGUCGACAAAUAUUCUUGUUGUCGAGUAGUCGUUUGAUUACGUGACUUAAUUCAAAGGCCUGCAAUAUCACAAUUUGACCGCUAUGGCACUGUAGCGCUAGACUGUAAUGCAGCCUUCCUGAAUGCAAUCGCAGUAGAAGGAUACACAGCAGGAAUUAUGGCGGAGUACAAAUGAAUGCGAACAAGUAAAGUGUGGGAAAGCUUUACCAAAUUGAAAACAACAAAUGCGGUCGUGUGCAAUGCAUGCAAGGCGGAACUUGCCUUUCACCGCAGCACAACCUGCAUGCUGGAGCAUUUAAAAAGAAAACAUCCCGGAGCAGGAGAGAGGUUUGUUCUGGCAGUCGGCAGUGCUGUAUUUGAUGCCAUGUUUAAUGGCGGCAUGGCCACCACAUCCACAGAGAUCGAGCUUCCUGACGUGGAGCCUGCUGCCUUCCUCGCCUUACUCAAGUUCCUCUAUUCUGAUGAAGUUCACAUUGGACCGGAGACGGUGAUGACCACGCUUUACACCGCAAAGAAAUACGCUGUUCCGGCCCUUGAAGCACACUGUGUGGAGUUUCUUAAGAAGAACCUGCGAGCAGACAACGCCUUCAUGCUUCUCACACAGGCACGUCUCUUCGAUGAGCCUCAGCUGGCCAGUCUGUGUCUGGAGAACAUCGACAAGAACACCGGAGAUGCUCUGGCUGCAGAAGGAUUCACAGAUAUCGAUCUGGAUACCCUAAUGGCAGUGUUGGAGAGAGACACACUGGGCGUUCGGGAGGUGCGGUUGUUCGGGGCGGCAGUCCGGUGGGCGGAGGCGGAGGCACACCGCCAGCAGCUGCAGCCCACACCAGAGAACAAGAGACGUGUGCUGGGGAAAGCCCUCAGCCUCAUCCGCUUCCCUCUCAUGACCAUCGAGGAGUUCGCCGCAGGUCCGGCUCAGUCAAGCAUCCUGACGGACAGAGAGGUCGUGAGUCUCUUCCUGCACUUCACGGUGAACCCAAAGCCGCGCGUAGAGUUCAUCGACCGGCCUCGCUGCUGCCUGCGCGGGAAAGAGUGCAGCAUCACGCGCUUCGGGCAGGUGGAAAGCCGCUGGGGUUACAGCGGGACCAGCGACCGAAUCCGGUUCUCAGUGAAUCGCAGAAUUUUUAUUGUGGGCUUUGGUCUUUAUGGAUCUAUACACGGACCUACAGACUAUCAAGUCAACAUACAGAUUAUUCACACAGACAGCAACACAGUUUUGGGUCAGAACGACACCGGGUUCAGCUGUGACGGCUCAGCCAACACUUUCAGGGUGAUGUUUAAAGAGCCGGUGGAAGUUCUGCCCAAUGUCAAUUACACAGCCUGUGCUACACUGAAGGGACCAGAUUCACACUACGGCACUAAAGGCAUGCGCAAGGUCACGCACGAGUUGUCCGGCACUGGAACCAAAACCUGUUUCACGUUCUGCUACGCCGCGGGCAAUAAUAACGGCACAUCUGUUGAGGAUGGUCAAAUUCCAGAAAUCAUCUUCUACACAUAGUCAGCUGUGACAUCUCGGGGCUUGCGCAGACUUGUUUCCGUUGGCACAUGCCAGCUCUUGUGCACUUGACCAUGAUGCUGUUCAGAGAAUUCAGAGCAAAAAACAGACACGUGAUGGUAACGGGACGGACAGGUUAUCUUCAGGGGUUUAUGUGCUUCAGAACUGAUAGAAUAGACUGUUGAGCCUCAAAUACACAUGUGACAACCGUCUGACUGUUAACAGGAAGCUGUUACCAGAUGUACAAAACAAACGCAUUUCAAUCAUCAAUUCUAAAUCAGGCUGUAAUGAAAGUUUUGCCAUAUCAGCAACUUACGCUAUUGCGAAAAUGUUUCAGUUGAGGAGAGAAAUCCACUAUUGAUGUAUAUGCAACUUCAAGAUGAAUGCAGGAGGAUGUUUGGGAAUGUCAUGUCUGUUAUCUUCUCAUUUGUGCCAAGCUUUCCUGAUUCAGUUGAAUGACUCUUCAUAUGUUCCUAAUGAAUUCAGCACUUAAUGUAACUCUAAUGGAAGCCCACACUGUUUAUUUAGACAGGGUGAUGAUCGCAUGCAUGCCAUCGGAAAAUUCUGUAAAAUGGAUUUAUUUCUGGAUGACUGUAGAUGGUUGGUCAACUCGCACAUGUUACUUAACUUUAAUCUGUCUGUCUGUCAAAUAAAGAGGAAUCUCAUUCUGUACGUCUGGAUGUUUUGAAAAUAAAACCAUACAGAUCUGCUCACAAACGUAUUUUAUAUUCUGUUCAUUUAUAUUUAAUUGUAGAUGCCAUCAGGGAGGUUCUAAUGGAUUGUUUGACAACAUUUACAUAUAGUUUGUGUGGCUGUAGAUCUUGGAUAAUACAUUUUUCCGUUUUGACAUUGAAAUCAUUUCUGUCACCUCCUAAAAUACAUAAGCUUUAAAACAAAGAGUUCGCUGUAUAUGCAAGUUGUAUUUUUAUGAACAUUAACUGUUAAUAAACUUGGGUAACUGCA